GGGUCUUAUCUGGGUACGCUUUUUGCCUGUUAUAUCACAAACGCGUCUUUCGCUCUGUGCGCAUGCUCACGGUACAGUUUUUGACGAGUGCAGUUAUUGGCAUAACAGCAUGAGAGACGUUGUUGACGGAAAUGACGCGACAUUUUUUGAAACCUCGCGCCGCUGAAGCGCCAUUCUUUUGACUGCAUAGGAAGGUGUUGUGCAGCAAUUAUGAAGAGAGUGGAAAGAGCUCAAAUUAAAGGGACAGCGAUUCCCACACUACCAAACGCUGCAGCGAGGAAAGCAAAUGUCAAGAGCGACACUGAAAUUUUGUCGAGGAAGAUCUCAGCAAAAGGUCUCAGAGGACCCUCAGUAAAAUACGGGCAACAUGAUCUAAGGGAGCAGAAUCGGCUUUUGGUGUCAGCAAACGAAGACUUGCAAAGACAGAUUUCAGAAAUGAAGGAAUAUGUGGCUGUAUUAGAACAACGAUGCAGUGAUGUUCAGGAAGAAAACAGUGAAAUUAAUAAAAAGCUCAGAGACUGUCAUGCACUUAUUAUUGCAGAACACAUUGAUCCAGUUUCAGGUGAAAAAACAGAACAGACAGAAGAUCAAAGAAAAGAACUCAUGACAGUUUCCAAAAAAUUGAUGUCUGAGCUGAAGUUGUUUGAUGAAGUUGCAAGAGAGCAUGGAACACAUUUGGCAGAGAUGCAGAACACCAUGAGAAGCCUUAAAGAAGCUAGAGAUACACUUCACCUGAAUAGAGAGACAUUUUGUGUGGAUACUGAACAAAUGGAGAGAGCAUUAGAAGAGGCUGAAAGACUGCUGUUAGAGUGAAAGACAAGCAGCUGUCUGGAAGCAAACCACUGUAAUUCUGUUACUGCUAAGCUUUUGUUAUAUCUUCAAUAAAGAAUUAUUCAGUAUGCUAUGUUUAAUGAAUAAUUGUUUUAUAUUGUAUACCGAUAGUGGUAGUUACUAAUAGUGACUAAAUGGUUUUCUCUGUUUUAGGAUCUUUUUUUGACCAAAAUGAAUCUGAACAAACUAUGUACAUUAAAACGUAUGUUAUUUGUAAUCCAUUAAAAAUAAAAAAGGACCUUUGCAAGAU